AUGGAGCCCGCCAAAGCUGGUCAUCUAAUGAGUUUAGCAGCUCUCCAAAGACAAGACCCCUAUAUAAACAAACUCCUCGAUGUUACUAGUCAGGUAGCAUUGUAUAACUUCAACUCAAAAACGAACGAAUGGGAGAAGACCGAAAUCGAAGGCACCUUAUUUGUUUAUGCUAGGUCUGCCUCCCCUCACCAUGGCUUCACCAUCAUGAACCGACUGAGUACAGAGAACCUGGUCGAGCCAAUCAACAAAGAUCUGGAGUUCCAGCUGCAGGACCCCUUUCUCCUGUACAGGAAUGCCAACUUGGGCAUCUAUAGUAUUUGGUUUUAUGAUAAGAAGGACUGCCAACGCAUCGCUCAGCUCAUGGUCAAAAUUGUGGAACAGGAAGCGGAUCACGCUCACAGAGAAUCUCCCGAGAGGGCGGGGUCAGGGAGGACAAACGGCAUUGCAGAGCCCCAUCCCAUCGACAUUCUGGAACUCCUUAGCAAAGCCAAGGAGGAGUACCAAAGAACUCAAACAGUUGAAACAGAUGUGCUGGCAACUUCAGAGCAGAAUGUUAAACCAAGGGCGGACACUACUGAGCAUGCCCAUUCUACACCACAACCUGAGAAGAGCUCCAAUACAGUUGUGAAGCAGAUCACUGUUGAGGAGCUCUUUGGUUCAUCUCUACCUAAGGACCCAUCUCUGCCUGCCAUGCCCACCCAGAGUGCCACCACUGGCCCCAGUGACCCAUCCAACCCUGGCACCUCCACUACCUUCCUCCACAGCCAGAUCUAUGCGUCCCCAGCCUCUGUUGAUCCUCUUCUCCCACCCCACCUCACAAUACCAAACCCUGGGGCCAGUCAGCAUCAUCUAGGCCCUGGCCUACUCCCUUCACCAACAUCCUACACAUUUCACGCUAGCCCCCUUUUCCAGUCAGUGGGCCCCGGGUCAGACCCCCAGCCUCGAUGCUCAGUCACCCCACUUGUGAUGCCUGCAGCCCGGGUGGAACAACGCACUGCUCCACUCGGUCCUGGAGCAUCGUCAGCAACCCCCACUGCCACCUAUCUAGGACAGGAGAUCCUCAGCACGCUCAAACCAGCUGUACCUUCAGUGAACUCUGACAUCCACAAGCCCUCUCUCGCACCCAGUUUCCUAUCUAGCACAUUGGUCCCACCCCAGAGCUUCCAAGAAUCAAUGGGGAAGCCCCUUCUGCAGCAAGGGAAAGAUACCGAUAUGUUCUCUCGGUCCCCUAACCUGGUCAAACCGAUAUCUGCUGUCCCUAUGAAUCCAGCUCUUGUUGUUUCAGGCCUUGCAGGGCCGGACAUGUCUGUGCUCCUGUCCCCCAGUGCCUUCCAACAUUCUGUAACUAAGACGCCCCCAGAACUGCCAAGGAUGGCAACAGGGUCAUCAGCAGCAGCAUCAGUGGUCCCUCCCAGCCCCUGCGAUCCUUCCUUCAAUUCUACAGGGAGCACCGAGCACAUCCAGACACCUUGUAGCAAGACACAAUUACAAGAGACACUGAUACACCUUAUUAAGAAUGACCCGGCCUUCCUCACUGCCAUUCAUGAUGCCUACCUGCAGAGUCUGUCUAAAGAUUUCAGCAACAUGAAGCUAUAG